AUGGCGAUAUGGCCAUUUGGUCGCAAGAAUAAGCGGCACACGAUCCAGGUCGACGCCCCUGCAGCGGGUGAGUCCGCGGCGCCGCAGGAACCUCGCUUGAGCCUCGAUGGCCGGAAACCCUCUCGCAAGAACUCCAAACGCCAAAAGAACCGCCACUUCCAACCCGUCGAGGAUUGUCCCACCCCCCUCCACGAUGCUCUGCCUCCUCCCCGUUCGGUCACAUCCCCGCCCCUUACCUCGAAUAGCGAGCAGCUGCACCGGAAGGAGCCAUAUGGGAAACCAACCUCGCACAUCGGUCAUAUCUCGGACGGUUAUACGUCACGUUCGACUGUCAACCAUGAUCCAUCCCUGGAGACCAGGAACUCCUCUGUACGGAGGUCCAAGCGGAGCGACGGCAGUCCAGCGGUGUUGAAGAAACGACUGAGCAAGCGGAAGGCGUAUGAAAUUGCCCGGGAGCGGGAAAUCCGGUUGAUGGCUUCCACGCCCAUCGAUAUCCCUCGCCGCUCAACGCUACCCGGCGAGGACUUCUCCAUGGAGACUCCCCGGGGACGACUAUAUAACCGCCGUUCCGAUCGCGAACUCUCCGAGACUAACCUCUCGAUCCGCGACUCGACGGCCUCGUCAUUGUCGGAGUUUUCCGAGUCGUAUAAGUUCAAGGUCAAUGGCUUCUCGGCCUGGACCCCACGUCCGGUCAUCCGCUACGUGGAAGCUCCCCGAAUCCAAACCGCGAAGAGCCAAAAAACGAUAGAUUCGGGUCGGAAGGAGAAGAUGCCGGUGGUUUCUGCCUCGGAGGAAAAUCUCUAUACGAAGAAAAGAAUCAACAGGCUGGCGGAUGGUCUCGACGCAGGUGCUCUGAGGGAACUCCUGGAAAGGGACCGCCGUCGCACCGAGAGGCAGAAGGUCGAGGACCAGGAUAAACUACAUCGCAAGUUACAACGCGCGGCGGAUCGACAGAGAGCGGAGGCGGAGCUUAAUGGUGUCCAAACCAUAUCGGAAGUGCCUCGAGGCCAGGUGCACAUCCAAAGCCUGGACGACGUCGACGAGACCGGCCAAGACGCCUCGAAAGAAAGCAAGAACCAAGCAACGGGCCCUCGGGGUCCAUCCGAGUCAUGGCUGCACGAUUCCAAGGACCACCCGCGGAGUCGAUAUGAAUCCAUGGAGAGCGUCCAUGUUAUCGGAAACAUUGACGACAGCUCCAUCCGGGAGCCCAAACUGGGCCUGCGACGGAGCUUUGCCCCGUCUCAAGACAUGGGGAUGUCUCGAAGUACCCUGUCUCCCUCACAUUCGCCGUCCCGACGUGGAUUCCACAGCCCAACUCCUUCGCAAGUAUAUGGAAUCGGGCGGGAGUCUACAUCCGACGUCUCAAGGACGGUCGACUCGGAGCGACGCCUAUCGGAUAACGGCAGUGGCCGUAUCAACACCAUCUCCUCCAUCUUCCGCCGUGGUAGCUCUCGCCUAAAGCGGAGAUACCGGGAGCGUUUCCAGGACCGCAGCCCGGAACCAUCGAACGCGUCUCACGAGUCCUUCUUCAAACCCAUUCCCGCCAAACCUUACAUGCGCACCGGCACCAUCAAGCGCUCACAAUCCAAGUUCACCGAACAUCUGGGCGAUGAGCCGCUUUCCCCACCCGACUCCCGUAUCCAAUCCCCCGAUAUCCCAGAGGAGCCCGCGGAUGUUUCUGAGCCUGGGAAUGGGAGAUUCGAUUUCGCCGCUCGAAGUCAGUAUCCUAUCUUGGGAUCGGAAUCCGAUCUCCAGGAUGCGAGCAAGGACCGUCACCGUUCCUGGGCUGGUGAGAUCUUGGAGGACGACAUGGAAAACGACAACGUGCCGCUGUCUCAGUCCUUGGCGUCGAUCGAUUCAGAAGGGUCUUGGAUGUCUGGGCAAUUCCUUCGUCGUAUCUCGCACAGGAAGAGCAACCAAGCUCGUGCCAGCGUGAAUUCCUCUCGAAACGUCCUGGUUGAAGGGAUGCCGACCGGAGAUGCCGUCUCUGGCAAGGAAAAUAUCGACCGAUCCGACUCACGCCAGGAGGUGUCGAACGCCCCGACCAAUGCCACGGGCGCGCAAGAACCGGAUUUCGAAAUGAUCCACCCGGCGGAGGCGGAGGAAGCAGAAGAGACCUGGCACGACCAUAUCGCCAAGCGACCGAUCCUCGUGAACCCCAUGGACGUCCAGUCCUUAUCUCCCAUUACUACCAACGAGGAGUUCAGUCCGAUCGAAGAGCAUUCGGCUGAGAUUUUCGAAGCGACCCCCGAGGGGAACGAGCCCGGCCUGGCUCGUUGA